AAUGCGAUCUGCGCUCUCCUCCGGUCGCCGCUGCCGCCCCGGAGCUGCGGGCACCUGGCCGCUGGCUGCGCUAGGACCCACGGCCGCCGGCUGCCGAGGGGCGCUGGGAAGGAAGCAGCGGGAGCCAGAAAGCCCGGGAGACGGGCGCUGGCCGGAGCGCAGCACGGCAUGCAGCGGCGGGCUCCCGCGCCCGCGUGAGGCUGUCGGCCCCGGGGCCCGCCAUGGCUGGGAAGGACUGUGGCAACCUGAAGACGGUGAGGUUGUGGCGGGACGCCGCCCUGCGCGCCAGGAAGCUGCGGAGCAACCUGCGCCAGCUCACGCUCAGCGCGGCCGGAGGCUGCCCAGCUGCUGAAUCUGACCCGCUCGAGUCCCCCGACGCUCCCCAGCUUGUACUGCCGGCCAACAUCGGAGACAUUGAGGUGCUGAACCUGGGGAACAACGGCCUGGAAGAGGUGCCUGAAGGGCUGGGGUCGGCGCUGGGCAGCUUGCGCGUCCUGGUCCUGCGCAGAAACCGCUUUGCCCGGCUGCCCCCGGCCGUGGCAGAGCUCGGCCACCACCUCACCGAGCUGGACGUGAGCCACAACCGGCUGACGACCCUGGGAGCGGAGGUGGUGAGCGCCCUGCGGGAGCUGCGCAAGCUCAACCUCAGCCACAACCAACUGCCUGCGCUGCCCACCCAGCUGGGUUCCCUCGCCCACCUGGAGGAGCUGGAUGUCAGCUUCAACCGACUGGCACAUCUGCCUGACUCCUUCUCGUGCCUCCACCGCCUGCGCACCCUCGACGUGGACCACAACCAGCUCAGCGCCUUCCCCCGGCAGCUGCUGCAGCUGGCCGCCCUAGAGGAGCUGGACGUGUCCAGCAACCGGCUGCGGGGCCUACCUGAGGAUAUCAGUGCCCUGAGUGCCCUCAAGAUCCUGUGGCUGAGCGGGGCUGAACUGGGCACGUUGCCCAGCGGUUUCUGUGAACUGGCCAGUUUGGAGAGCCUCAUGCUGGACAGCAACGGACUGCAGGCUCUGCCUGCCCAGUUCAGCCGGCUGCAAAGGCUCAAAAUGCUCAACCUCUCUUCCAACCUCUUCGAGGAAUUCCCGGCCGCUCUGUUGCCCCUGGCCAGCCUGGAGGAGCUCUACCUGAGUCGUAACCAGCUCACGUCGGUGCCGUCCCUCAUCUCGGGCCUGAGCCGGCUUCUCACUCUCUGGCUGGACAAUAACCGCAUCCGCUACCUGCCUGACUCCAUCGUGGAGCUAACCGGCCUAGAGGAGCUGGUGCUGCAGGGCAACCAGAUCGCGGUGCUGCCGGACAACUUCGGCCAGCUGUCCCGGGUGGGUCUUUGGAAGAUCAAGGACAACCCACUGAUCCAGCCCCCCUACGAGGUCUGCAUGAAGGGGAUCCCCUACAUUGCCGCCUACCAGAAGGAACUGGCUCACUCCCAGCCUGCUGUGCAGCCUAGGCUCAAGCUGCUCCUGCUGGGCCACAAGGCUGCGGGCAAAAGCUUGCUGCGCCAUUGCCUCACGGAGGAGAGCAUGGAGGAAGUCCAGGGAGCAGGGGACAAGGAGAAGAGCUGCCCACCCUCACCUCCCCCCGGGAGCAAGGGCAUCGAAGUGACCAGCUGGACGGCUGAUGCGUCCAGGGGCCUGAGGUUUAUCGUGUAUGACCUGGCUGGGGACGAGAGCUAUGAGGUGAUCCAACCCUUCUUCCUCUCUCCAGGGGCCCUGUACGUGCUGGUGGUCAACUUGGCCACCUACGAGCCUCGCCGCUUCCCUAGCACCGUGGGCUCCUUCUUGCACCGGGUGGGAGCGCGGGUGCCUCAUGCCGUGGUAUGCAUCGUAGGCACGCACGCAGACUUGUGCGGGGAGCGGGAGCUGGAGGAGAAGUGUCUGGACAUCCACCGCCAGAUCUCUCUGCAGGAGAAACGUGACGCUGAAGGGCUCAGCCGGCUAGCCCAGGUGGUGGACGAGGCCCUGGCCCGGGACUUCGAACUGCGCUCGGCCAGCCCCCAUGCAGCCUACUACGGCGUCUCCGACAAGAACCUCCGGCGGCGCAAGGCCCAUUUCCAGUACCUGCUCAACCAUCGGCUACAGAUCCUCUCUCCCGUGUUGCCGGUGAGCUGCAGGGACCCCCGCCAGCUGCAGCGCCUCCGGGACAAGCUGCUGUCAGUGGCCGAGCACCGAGAAAUCUUCCCCAACCUACAUCGGGUCCUGCCUCGGUCUUGGCAGGUGCUGGAGGAGCUGCAUUUCCAGCCACCUCAGGCCCAGCGACUUUGGCUCAGCUGGUGGGACUCAGCGCGCCUGGGCUUGCAGGCGGGACUGACUGAGGACCGGCUGCAGAGCGCGCUUUCCUACCUGCACGAGAGCGGUAAGCUGCUCUACUUUGAGGACAGCCCGGCCCUCAAGGAACAUGUCUUCCACAACCUCACCCGCCUCAUCGACAUCCUCAAUGUCUUUUUCCAGCGGGACGCUUCCUUGCUGCUGCAUAAACUGCUGCUUGGCACCAAUGGAGAGGGAGAGGCUGAGGCAGACGGCGCCCCCAGCACAGCGCUCCUCUCCCAAAACCAGGACCUGCUGCGGACCACCCAGCUCCAUCAUUAUGUGGAGGGCUUUCUGCUCCACGGGCUCUUGCCAGCCCACGUCAUUCGGUUGCUAUUGAAGCCUCAUGUGCAGGCACAGCAGGAUUUGCAGCUGCUGCUGGAGCUGCUGGAAAAGAUGGGACUCUGUUACUGCCUCAAUAAACCCAAGGGCAAGCCUUUGAAUGGAUCCACGGCCUGGUACAAGUUUCCAAGCUAUGUACAGAAUGAGGUGCCCCAUGCAGAGGCCUGGAUCAAUGGGACCAACUUAGCGGGCCAGUCUUUUGUGGCGGAGCAGUUGCAGAUCGAGUACAGUUUUCCCUUUACCUUUCCACCUGGCUUGUUUGCACGCUACAGUGUCCAGAUCAACAGCCACGUGGUACACAGGUCGGAUGGGAAAUUUCAGAUCUUUGCAUACAGGGGCAAAGUUCCCGUGGUGGUGAGUUAUAAACCUGCCAAGGGAGUCCUGCAGCCAGAUACCCUGUCCAUUGCCAGCCAUGCCUCAUUACCAAAUAUAUGGACCGCGUGGCAGGCCAUCACCCCCUUGCUGGAGGAGCUGAAUGUUCUGCUUCAGGAGUGGCCUGGUCUGCACUACACCGUGCACAUCCUCUGUUCUAAGUGCCUUAAGAGAGGGUCGCCUAAUCCACAUGCUUUCCCAGGGGAGUUGCUGAGCCAGCCCAGACCAGAAGGAGUGGCCGAGAUCAUCUGCCCCAAGAACGGCAGCGAGCGAGUGAAUGUUGCCUUGGUUUACCCACCGACGCCAACCGUGAUCAGCCCCUGUUCCAAGAAGAACGUUGGUGAAAAGCACAGAAACCAGUGACUUUCAUGGCUGUGACAUUUCUGUGGAGCAGAGAGCGCACCAGGACUUCCUGGGACCACCCCCCCACCACCACCCCUACCCCUGUUUGACCCCGGCUGGCCCUCCGCACUCCUGAGCACCUUCUGCUUGAACUGGAAGGAAGCAAUGUUCAGCGUCUGAGAACCCGGAAGAGGUGGGGAGAGGGCAGGGGAAGGAGGGAGAGAUUAUGGAGCAAAUGUUUGACAACCUGAACCUCAGAACUGUGAUCCUCCAAGGAGAGCACUACUUGAAGACAAGGAAAAAAAAAUGUCGGACGGCUUCUCAGGGAUUUUGUUUUCCGCGUACAUACAAGCCAUAGGUUCAGUCCGGGUGGCAGUAUUUCGAGCCCUCAGAUUUCAGUUCUGUUCAAUGUGAAAGAAGGAUCGACUGACAUUCAUCGCUGUUCCCGUAAACUAGUGUAAAAUAUGUAUAUGUUUAUCUUUAUUUUUAUAAUAUGCAAAUACAUUUAAAUUUAUACAGUUUGAAGCUUCUAGCAUUAGUUGACACUGGGUGCAAUAUUUUGCAUGAGAACUGUGCCAAACUGGAGCUGAUCUCUUCUUUUUCCUGUGAAACUAAAUUUUUUUUUCUUUCUUGUUUUGUCAAUCCUCCUUCUCAGAUGUGAAAAACAAAACAGGUGUCUGUCCAGGAGCCCAUGGUUCUAAGCUUGCCGGUAGGCAGCUGGGCCCUUAACUGCAUUUCCAACCAUGGCAGUGCCCCACCCUGCUUUUCCAUAGUGGUCUCUGCCUGUCAGUCACCAGGCAUGCCAUAGUGUGAUUUCUUCCCUUCCCCCACGUAGCCUGAGUGUCGGGCAGAGCCAGGGACACCAUAGCAGUUAAAGGCACCCUAGCCUUGGCUUAACUUGAUGCAAAUCAGGGGUCUGUGACUGGUCAGACCAAGGGGCUCUGUGCUAGUAAAUCCCUUUCUAGACAGUCUGGAAAUCAGCACAGCACUUUCAAACUGGCUGGUGGACCCUCCAACAGGGGGCUUGCCAGGCGGAAGGCUGGGUCCCACCUUAGUGGUAAUAACAUAGAGCCUCUCAUUGGACACGGUCCACUGCCCAGGGCCAGCAAAAUGCUGGGUUAAAAAACCUCUGUAAGGUGCAACUAGAAAAGCAAACCUGCAAAUCACUUGCUCUCUUACACCCAGCUGGGGCCAAGCAACAUACGCUGCAGUAGUAGCACCUAAGCUUUGGAGAACGUAGAAGCCGUGUGUUUUCCUCCGACUUCUCCCCCUGGGAAUCAGACACCGUGGAGAGCCAACCGUUUCUCACCAGUGGCAGGCAAGGAACGAGUCAACUGGUAUUCCUCUUCCACUUCUUGUACAAAGUGUUGACUCUUGGAAUGCCGCAGCCUACAAAACGUGCUCCGAGAAAUAAACAAGUGGCUGCAUGGCAGGAAAUUGCACAUUUGUUUGGUGCAGAAUCUGCUGUGCCCAGUGAGGCCACUUGGCUGGCUCUGGACCAGCCAGUGGAAUUUAUCUGAUUUCCUCCAGCUAGAAAAGAGUCCCACGGAUCAGAUGACACUUGAAUGUCACGUGUCUCUACACUUGAAUGUGGCAUCAGUCAAGUUUAGGGGGCUCAUUUGCUUUUUGUACACAGUCACAAGAUAACUCGGGUUGAUCCUUUUGUCACAGUUCUCGUGUGUGUGUGUGUGUGUGUGUGUGUGUGUGUGUACUGAAUGGUAACAUUUACUUGCUUCAUGAACUAUUGAAUUGUUGGGCAAUAAGUUUUUUCUUUUUUAAUUGGCAUGAGACAGUUGCCACUGUCCAUUGAACCAACUUUGACCAGUCUUCUACAUGAAAAAAAAAUUCUGUUAAGUGUAUGAUGUUGGGCUGACACCCCCAAAGGGGGGAGGGCAUGGAAAAUGAAAGAAGUGCUCCUCAGAGCAGCACAUCCCUCCCCCCAAGUGUCUGCUCCUGGUGUGAACACAAGUGCCCACAGUCUUAAUAUCAGAUUUCUGACAACUGAUUUUUGUGCCAUCAUUGGAACCCUAGAGAAGCAGUAUAGGAGGUAACAUUGGUGAUGUGUGAUUCUACAAAAUGGGUGGCCCCUGGUGGAGGGUCAUGUAACCACCGAGAAGCCCCAGGAAGACAGGAGAACUAGUUUCGGGGAUGGGGGGGCUCGGGAUACCAGGAAUGCUCUGCUCCAUGGCAAUUUCUGCUGUCUGUGCAGGAAAUUCCAUUUUCUCUUUCAACACCUGCGAAGACUCAGUCGCUGGCCAAGGCUGACAGCCCAUUCACAAAGCACAGGAGGAAUGGUUUUCCAGCCGAGGAGUCCCUCACCUCGGCAAAAGAUGCCUUCCAGGUUUAUAAUGGUGUCUCUGCCUAAAACUGGUGGUAUCAAAACCACUUCCUGGAAUUGUAAGCGUGCUGCCAGAACAAAUGUCUUUUUCCCCCUUUUAAGAGAAAACAAACAAAAAAUACAUAGAGUGACAGUGCUCACAUUUGACACUUGUACAUUGGACUCUCUUUGAAUGAAUAAAAAAGGAAAGGGUUUGAUGUAAUUCCUGACAGAGUGCGUGUUGUUCUCCAUGCCACAGUUUGUGAAUUGUAAUUGUGGUUUCCUACUUCAUUGUCAUAACCAGGCAGAAAUCUAAAAAAAUUUAAUAAAAAUACAAACAAAUGAUUAAACCAUGAUACUUUUAGAA